GCAGGAAACAGGAAAUGUUCACGUUUCAGGGAGGCUGAAGCCAGCGCAGCAUCGUGAGGGAGGGAGCGCCCAGGCCAGCUGACAUGAAGGCUCCCCGUGCUGCCCGCCUCUGUGCCCUGAUAAUCGCACUCUUCCUCACUGCCCGGGCUCAGGAGUCAGAACUGCCUUCUUCUGAGGCAGCAGAAGAGUCAGAAGGUGAGUCAACAGAUGUCACCCAGAAAGCGGAACCUACAGAUGAAGAUACUCCUGUUAUAAGUACAAUUGCUGCACUGACCACAGAAAUAGCAACCACAGAAUAUGAGAAUUAUACCAUCAUUGGUGAGGAGGAUACUCAGCUAGAGCUUAUACUGAUGGUGUUGAUCCCGUUGGUUUUCUUGGCACUCCUACUCUUAUCAGUGGUACUCAUUGUAAUUAACUAUAAAAGAAAAAAAGCUAAACAAGAGCUGCCUUCUAGCCAAGGAUCUCAGAGUGUUUUACAGACAUAUGAACUGGGAGGCGACAACCUGAAAGUCCCUAUUUUUGAGGAAGAUACACCCUCUGUAAUGGAAAUAGAGAUGGAAGAGCUUGAUAAGUGGAUGAGCAUGCAUAGAAAUGCCGACAGUGAAUGCUUACCUACUUUAAAAGAAGAAAAGGAAUCAAACCACACCCCAAGUGAUAAUGAAUCUUAACACUGAAUGGUGCUAAUGUUCUCCAAGAGGAGCAGCCCGGGGGGAGCCCGCUGGGCCUGCCAACAGAGGAUGAAGAGGAUACAGGUUUAAUUAAUUUCAAAUCAACAUAGACACAAGAACCUUCUGCUGCUUCUCCCAACGCCCACUCUUCCGAAGGAUGGCAUCACCUGUACUUGGAAGAAUGUGCUAUUGAGAAGUCCGAGGAAAAGGCCUGGCUGACAUCCAUCGCCGAGGGUGGAGGAGCCAUACGAUACAUUCGCCUCUAAUCAAAGGGUGUUCCCUCCUCUCAGCCAACCUCUCAUGGACUGCAUUCACUCUGGCCAUGCUCUCUGCGUCCUUGUUACCUUUCUGCUUCAUUCCUCAGGGUUUAAAUCAGGCAGCUGUUUUAUCUGUUUCCUUCUGGGUCACACUGUUACCUAAUUAGCUUUGGAUAAUUUCCUCUGAUUAGUCAAGUGGUAGGUCAACUGCAUUCAGCAGGAAGGUUUCUCAAGGCGAGUGUCUCACGCUCGGAGAAGACAGCAAACAAAGCAGGUGUUUUACUGUCUACACUAUCCCAGGAGGUUGGUAAACUGGCUUCUACCUGUCAGGAGGAUACAGCGAGAGUCCACAGUCUUGAGAUGUUGUUUGGUGACCUGUGGACCCACGUCAGCUAGAUCACGUCACUCUUGGGAACUUCUCAGAGGCAUGGGAAUCUUCGAUGGAAGAGCAAACGUUUUCUUUCUCAGCUAAAAUCCUCUACUUUGUCCUCAAAGCUCAUUUUUAAAAAAAUAUAUUUUAUUGAUUUUUCACAGAGAGGAAGGGAGAGGGAUAGAGAGCUAGAAACAUCGAUGAGAGAGAAACAUCGAUCAGCUGCCUCCUGCACACUCCCACUGGGGAUGUGCCCACAACCAAGGUACAUGCCCUUGACUGGAAUCGAACCUGGGAUCUUUCAGUCCGCAGGGCAAUGCUCUAUCCACUGAGCCAAACCAGUCAGGGCCCAAAGCUCAUUUUUGUUCUCACUACAGCUCCCUUGCAUGUAGUAUAUAGGUAGGGUGAGUGGGUGGUGGGGUCAUCUGCCACCUUUGUAUGUCUCUGAGAUCUUUAAGGUCACUUGAAACAAGCAAAACGGGAAUAGCAAAUAUCUGUGGCCAAUGUCACUUAUCUCACUCGGUGUUGGGACACGCUUCAUGUCCUCUCAUCUCAGCUUUCCAGGAAGUCACUAUCAGCCUGUCAGAGAUGACAUUCUGCGUGAUUUCUACGUGGUAUUUGUUGACAUCCUCGCGCUAGAGGAAAUGGCACAAAAUGAAGAAGGGCCUGUUUAUCACUCCCACUCAUGUACUAUCAAUCUCCAGUUAAUCCUUAAUUUUCAAAUUCUGACCUUUAAAGCAAUCUAGCAAAUGAGGAGUCCUCAGGUCAUCUACGCCACCUGAUAUUUUAUUCCAGGAAAGAAACAAAGAAUAAAAGCUUUGUUUAUUUUCCUGCUUCCCAUAUACACUGAGGGGAGAUAAGGUUCACCAAACAUCUACUGCUGAAUCUGGGGCCUUGUGUUUGAAAGGCUGCGUUAACGCAUAACAAAACCCGGACCCUCCUCCCUGUCAGAAUCCCUUACCUAGUAUGUGCCUUCUGAACUAUGCCCUUACCUUUAAAGGCAGGCUUCCAAAUCAAGGAGGUCUUGCCCCACAGUGAACAAUAGAACUGUCUGGCUGUGUUUAACCACCGCUAUUCUGCUAUCCUGGCACUGCACAGAGCUCUGGCAAAAGACGGUCUUCGUGGUAUCUAACUUCAACAGAUUUAUCUGUCAUAUUCUCUUUGGGACAUCCUAAUAUGGCAUUUUUUGUUUGUUUCCACUGCUGUUUUACAUAUUCAUGUUCAACUUGUGGUCCACAACUUGUGAUUCUCAGAUAGUUAUGCCAACAUUGCCACUUUCUGAAUCACCA